GGCGGUGCGCGCCCCCGCGGCAGUCGCGUGGUCCCCGCGCGGCUCCAUAUUGCGGCGGCACCGGGGUCGGGGGGUUCCCGGCGGGGCUCGGGGGCGCGCAGAUGGCGACGCAGGUGGAGGCGCUGCUGCCCGGCACGGCCCCGCUGCUGCCCGCCGAGGAGCGCGCCCUGGUGCUGAAGCCGCCGCAGGACGGCGGCCGGGAGAAGGGCGAGCCGCCCAUGGGCCCCGACGGCGGGCCGGCGGCGCCGAGGCCGCCCAGCGCCAAGCAGCAGAAGGAGGAGAGCAACAACCAGGAGAAGGAGAGCCUGCUGAGGGCCGGCGGCGAGGCGGAGGACGGCGGCGAGGCGGGCGGCGCGGGGCGCCGGGAGUUCAUCGAGGCCCCGCCGCCCAAGGUGAACCCCUGGACGAAGAACGCGCCGGCCGUGAACGGGCAGUCGCCUCCCGAUAUAUUUCCAACUGACGGCCAGUCUGAACUUACAACUCCAGCAAAAGUGGUGAGGGCUGCAAACCCGAGACAGAGGAAAGGAAGCAAGGUCGGUGACUUUGGUGAUGCCACAAAUUGGCCAACACCUGGAGAAAUAGCCCACAAGAGUGUCCAGCAGCCACACAAAGCACCGUCCCUUCGGAAGCUGCCUGUCAAGAAAGACAUGAAAGAGCAGGAAAAGGGGGAUGGGAGUGAUGGCAAAGAGAGCCUGAAAACCAAAUCCGAUGAGUCUGGGGAGGAGAAGAACGGUGAUGAUGACAACCAGAAGUCAGCCCAGAAGAAGAAAGGCAACAAACACAAGUGGGUCCCUCUGCAGAUAGACAUGAAGUCAGAGGUGCCUAGGGACAAAACAGCCUCUCGGAACAACCGGCAAAACGAGCAGCACAGGCACCCCUCCAACAACCGCAGCGAGCUCAAAGGCUGGCACCCCGACAACAAGCAUGAGCGCAGCUGGCAGGACCACGAUGAGACGUCCAGCGUGAAGAGCGAGGGAGGCGCCGUGCGAGGAACCUUCCGGGGCCGGGGCCGCGGCCGGGGCAGGGGCCGGGGCCGCGGCAGAGGAGGGCACUUUGACUACCAGUACGGAUACCGGAAAUUCGAGGGCUCGGACGGCUCCCGCACCCAGAAGUAUGCCAGCAACAUCACCUACUACUUCGACAACAUCAGCAGUGCUGAGCUCUACAGCGUGGACCAGGAGCUGCUCAAGGACUACAUCAAGAGGCAGAUAGAAUAUUACUUCAGUGUGGACAACCUGGAGCGAGACUUCUUCCUGCGCCGCAAGAUGGACUCGGACGGCUUCCUGCCCAUCACGCUGAUCGCCAGCUUCCACCGCGUGCAGGCGCUGACCACCGACAUCAGCCUCAUCAUCAAGGCUCUGAAGGACAGCAAGGUGGUGGAAAUCGUGGAUGAGAAGAUCAGGAGAAAAGAGCAGCCAGAAAAAUGGGCUCUGCCUGGCCCUCCUAUGGCAGACUACACACAGACAGACUUCUCACAGUUCAUCAAUUGCCCCGAGUUUGUGCCCCGGCAGAGCUUCCAGAAAGAGACUGAGUCUGCUCCAGGAUCCCCACGUGCUGCCAGCCCAGUCCCCACUAAAACAGAGGAGGUCAGUAACCUGAAGACAAUGCCCAAGGGCCUGUCCACAAGUCUGCCAGACCUGGAUUCAGAGACAUGGAUUGAAGUUAAGAAGAGACCCCGACCUUCCCCAGCCAGGCCCAAGAAAGCAGAGGAGUCAAAGACACCGCAGCAGCAGAAGCAGAAGGACCAAGAUGAACCUGAGGAGCUGGACUUCCUGUUUGAUGAGGAGAUGGAGCAGAUGGACGGCCGCAAGAACACCUUCACCGACUGGUCAGACGAGGACUCGGACUACGAGAUCGAUGACCGCGACGUCAACAAGAUCCUGAUCGUGACGCAGACCCCUCCGUACCUGCGCCGGCACCCCGGCGGCGACCGCACCGGCAACCACACCUCCCGCGCCAAAAUGAGCUCAGAGCUGGCCAAGGUCAUCAACGAUGGGCUCUACUACUACGAGCAGGACCUGUGGACAGAGCAGUUUGAGCCAGAGUAUUCGCAGAUCAAGCAAGAGGUGGAGAACUUCAAGAAAGUGAAUAUGAUCAGCAGGGAGCAGUUUGACACCCUGACCCCAGAGCCCCCCGUGGAUCCAAACCAGGAGGUCCCUCCUGGUCCCCCCAGGUUCCAGCAAGUACCUACAGACGCUUUGGCCAACAAGCUCUUUGGAGUCCCUGAGCCUUCCACCAUCGCCCGCUCUCUGCCCACGACCGUCCCAGAAUCGCCCAACUACCGCAACGCCAGGACGCCCCGCACCCCGCGCACGCCGCAGCUCAAGGACCCGACACAGACGCCCCGCUUCUACCCGGUGGUGAAGGAGGGCAGGACGAUAGAUGCCAAGACUCCGCGGAAGAGGAAGACGAGGCACAGUUCGAACCCCCCGAUGGAGUGCCACGUGGGCUGGGUGAUGGACUCCAGGGAGCACCGGCCCCGCACUGCCUCCAUCAGCUCCAGCCCCUCAGAGGGGACCCCGGCCGUCGGGAGCUACGGCUGCACCCCGCAGUCCCUGCCCAAGUUCCAGCAUCCCUCGCACGAGCUGCUCAAGGAGAACGGCUUCACACAACACGUCUACCACAAGUACCGGCGGCGCUGCCUUAACGAGCGAAAACGACUGGGCAUUGGUCAGUCCCAGGAGAUGAACACGCUUUUCCGGUUCUGGUCCUUCUUCCUCCGAGAUCACUUCAACAAGAAAAUGUAUGAGGAGUUCAAGCAACUGGCUGUGGAGGAUGGGAAGGAGGGUUACAGGUACGGUCUGGAGUGCCUUUUCAGAUACUACAGCUAUGGCCUGGAGAAGAAAUUCCGGCCAGACAUAUUUAAGGACUUCCAAGAAGAGACCAUCAAGGAUUAUGAAGCUGGGCAGCUCUAUGGGCUGGAAAAGUUCUGGGCCUUCUUAAAAUAUUCCAAAGCCAAAAACCUGGACAUUAACAGCAAACUGCAAGAAUACCUCAGCAAGUUCAAGCGCCUCGAGGACUUCCGAGUAGAUCCACCCAUGGGGGAGGAAGGUGGACACAAGAGAUACCCCACGACGUCAGGGGGAGAUGGCAGGAAGCGCUACCCAUCCCAGUCUUCCAGCAAAACGGUCAGCCAGUGCCCAUCCAGCCAAGCCCACGCCUCAGCCAGCCAGCCUGCACAAGAGGAUGCCAAAAACCUGAGCCAGCAAUCCCCUGCCCCAUCAGCUGCAGAGUCGCAGACAGUGGGGAAGUAGAGGCUGCAGCGUCCGCUUCCUGCCGGGGGGUGGGGUGGGGUGGUGGGGAAUGGCUCGGAGAAGGGCAGACAUGAGGGGGUGGGACAGGAAGGGAGCUGGAAGGUGGGUUCCCAGGAAUAGGCUGCUUGGGAGAAACUUCAACGCACACGAUUUUCUUCUCUUGUGGCUGGAAAGCAAAGACGAUCUGCAUCCAAAACACCAUUUUGCUAUUACUACCCUGACCAGAGCCAGACCCACCCUUCCCCUUCCCUCUCCUCCUGUGCACACACUCGUGUCUUAGUGUCUCUUCAAAAAAAAUGUGUUCUGGCUGGGUUGGAAAGGGGAGAUUUUUUUAUUAUUAUAUAUAUAUAUCAAGUUUUAAAUUAUUGCUAGAAGUUCGUCUGGAUUUACCAAAACAAGUCUGCUCUGUGUGGCCCCAACGAGUCCCGUGUGUGUCCCCUGGGAUGGCGGGGCAGCCGCUCAGGAGCUGGGAGGAGCGAGGUUCCCGUGGGGCCGAAGCCUCAGCGUGUGGAUGCUGCGGAGCUCUGAUCUCCGUGACCCGGCUGCCGUCUCCCUCCGCGCCGCCCUGCUCGUUCUCCCGUCCCUUCUCCCCGGCGUCUUCACCUUCCCCAGGGUCUGGCUCUCCCUCCCGUCACGGACAAUUUGGAAGUCAACCAAAGGACCUUUGCCAAGGAUAGGCUUGUUGUGACUCCUUCCUGCGAGGAUGGCUGGUUGGGAGGCUGGCAGGCACCUGGACUCGAGCCUGCGUGGACGGUGCACCCGCUGCCCCAGGAACACCCAUCACUUGCAAAGACAGGACUUUGCUGAAGGAGCUUUUCUCUUCCUUUUCCCUUGGAAAAAAUGACAUAACAAAAAAAAAAAACCCACAAAGCCCUCUGAAACAACAACAACAACAACAGAAAAACUCUUUAAAAAAAAAACACAUCUCCCUUUGCUUUCUUCCUUGGAAAUAUUACUGAAGAAAAAGAAAAAAAAAAAAACAAAAACAAACAAAAAAACCCCAAAAACACACAAAAAAAAGUUGCCUUAUGGUGGAGCUGGAGCAGGGAGGCUUGUUGGCUUCCUGCACCCUGGGGUGCACUGGGCUCUCGGCUCCCCCAGGCCCAGAGACUCCUCACGGCAUUGCUGCCGAGCUGAUCUUCCCUGCGGCCUUUCCUCUGCCCCGCCGCUCGCUCGGAGCCUCCCUGCCUGCCCUGAGGCUCCUGGGGCAGGUGCUGAGGGCAGUCAGCAAGACUCGUGCUCACACAGUAGGUGGUGCCAUGGCAGCCUUGGCCCCACAGCAGUGACUGUUCUGUCAUGGCCUUGCUCGCACCCCCGGCCCCCCCCUGGGCAGGAGGUGGCUCUGCUCCUGUCUGUGCUUCCAGCGUGGCUGGGGAGUGAGCAGGGAGAUGGUCACAGCAGCUGGGGGCACUGCUCCUAACUGUGAGCAGGGCUGCUUCUGCUACAGCAUGACUGGGAGUGAGGCAGCCCUGGGAAAGCUGUCCCACAGCAGUCACUGCCUCGGGGCUGCUGAUGGGACUCGGGCCAGGAUGAGUUUCCUUGUGUGUUGUGGCAGGCAGCUGCAUGGAGUCUCCCACUCAGGGCACAGUCCCUGUGCAUUUCCAAGGGCUGAGAUGACACCAUGUAGCUCCUUACUUGGCUGAGGCAGGGGGUGACUGCAGAGCUGCUGUGGCAUCUACUUGAUUGAUCCUUACACCCAGCACCAGGUGGACUUUGGCAGGCAAACCCUCCCCAGGCUGUGAGCUGGAUGCUUUGUGAAGGGUGUGUGUCAGGCGUGAGAUCUCUGAGAUGUCCAGUGCUACCUGUGGAGAUGCUCCAGAGGUAGCACUGGAAAGUCAUGUUCCUUUCCAGCCAUACCCGCUGGCCUUGCUGUCACUGUGCUCCUUCCGCUGGGUCCCUGGGAUACCAGGCUUGGCUGUGGCUCCAGAGCUCCUGUGUGCAGUGGGCACGUGAUGCACCACUCCAAAGUCACAAGCUGGUACUGAACAGUGUUUUCCCAAGGGAUCCAGUUGAUCCAGAGCUGUGUCUCACAGCUGGAAGGAGUCAUCAUCUCUCCAGGGCUGUCCCUGUAUGGCUGCAGGGUGGGUGGCUGAGAGCAGCCAGGAACUGCGAGCAGGAGCAAGAGGGGAAGCAGGGCCAAGCUGUCCAUCAGCUGUGGGCUGUGGGGCCCUGGCUGAGGCCAUUGCUUCCCAAACUGACACUGCCUGCAGGAUGCUACCUUGAUGGGGCAGGUGUGCUGAUCUGGGUGGAGUGGCUUUGUGAACUGCUGCUAGAAUCAAAAGCACAGCUGGCUUUGAGAGGCUGGGGAGCUGCUCCUUGGCUGUUUGCUGGUGGUGUGACCCUGCCCUGAUUGCUGCACCCCUGCUGUGUCACCCUGCAGCUGGUAGCGCUCACACCUGGUCGCAGCAGGUGAGCCCACCUGAGGCCGUGGAUCUCUGUUAUGGCAGCAGUGCCCUGGGGUUGUGGGUGGGAACUGGGCAAAGUGGGCAAAAGUAACCCUUGUACAGUGCUGUGGCCGUGACUGUUAUCUCUGGAUUUCCCCUCUUGUGAGCUGGAGUCAGAUCUCUUAAGGUUACGUACAUAGGCGGGUUUGUCCCUGCUUUGGGAAGGAGGAGGCUGGAGAGUCGAUCAAGGACAUUGUAGAUGUGUUGGAGGUUGUUUGCAAGUGGAGGCAGGUCUGGAUGUGCCACAGGUGAUCCUUGCUGCUGUGUCUGUGCUCCUUUCACUGGUGUGUUCUCUCUUGAAGCCAAUUGUCUGCGUUUCAGCAACAAAUUCAUAGGAAAUGGGGGAGGAUGAGCUGCUGCUAUGGAGUUGUUGCUUGUAGAGCAGAUUGUGGAAUUGCUUGGGUUGUAGAAGAGGUAGGACAUUUCCCAGAAAAUUUCCCAAAAUACUGAUUUAAAAUAAUUUUUUAUUUCUCAUCUUGAGGUUCUAGUUUUGGCAUGGAAAAGUUUUCCCUUCCCCCUCUGCCAAGUGGUUUGUCACAUUAGUGUGUGCACCCAGGGGAAGGUGGGUCAGAAGAGCAAUCCCAGUGGUCCCAGUGCCCUCCAGGUCUGUGGACCGUGUGCCUUGUUUUGCUGUCUGUGGGACAGCAGUGGGCAGGACAGAGCAAAGAUGGACGUGACAGCCUGAGGCAGCUGCUGCUCACUCUCACCUGUCUUCCUGGGGGAGGGAACACAGAACCAUUCCCUCCUGCUCCAUGCUGGGGCAGGUGCUGGCAGAGGGCAGGGAGCUCCCUGGGUACAUGGUCCGUGUCCAGCUGGGUCAGGAGCGGCCGCAGCAAGGCCCAUGUCCCCACUGGGUAAAGGGACAGCUGUCAGAGGGGGUUUGCAUUUGAGGAAGCUCUUGCCCUCCUGCAGAGGAGGGAGUUAGGCCUUGCUUGUAGUUUGGAUGCUUCACCUCCAUGCGUUGUGCUUUUUUGAGUUUCAGAGGACUGGCUGGUUGCACACGUGCUCCUGUGAGCGCCGAUUGUCCCACAGCCCGCGAGGGCUGCAUGGUGCUGGUGUGCAGCCACUGGCAGAGCCUGGGGGGAGCCCCAGCUGCUUCUGGAAAGGCUGAGGGAGGCUGAGUCAGGGGAACAUUCCUCCUCCUGCCCCUCUUCUCAGGAGGUCCUCCAGGCUGCUGGAGCUCAGUUGCCAAGGUAAACUUGUCUUUUAGAAUGCAGGUGGCUGCAACAGGUACAGAGCUGUGGUGUGGGGUCAGAGUCCAGGUGGAAGGUGUGUUUUUAAGGAGGCUUUGUUGCUUGCCAUGCUCAUUUGGGAAAAGAAGAUAUAAAAAGUAAUGAUGCUGCUGCUCUGUUUUUGCCUGUCCAUCUCUUCUGCUGCCCCCCUGGCACCCCUGGUGGCGCCUUCUCACUGUAGCCCUUGGAGUCCCUCGAGUUUCAGCACCUGCUCGGGACUGGUCGUUGUACUGUAACAAACUGAUGUGUUUAACCUCAGUGUCCUGCCAUGUUCUACAUGGCAGUGCAGAGGGGGCCUUCUAGCUGUUAAUGCCUUUCCAGUUACUUUAUCAAAAGGAAAAAAAAAAAAAGGAAAACUGUAAAUGUAGCAAGCUGUGUUUGCAACGCUUAUUGUCGACUGUCUCUGAGGCUGGUUCUGUCACUUGUCACUGUUAGAAAUGGAUGCUGGGCUCCUCUUGAGAGGGUUGCUACACUUGAUGUUAAAUGCCUCACUGACUUUUUUGGAAAGUUUCCAAUACAGGUAACAGAUAAAAUAACUUUUUUUUUUUUGUUUUUCUAAGAAAAUGUUCAUCUCGGUGGCGUGGAGUGGGUGGCUGGAGGGCAGCAUUUCCAGGAGUAGUUUACAGUUUCACUUUCUGCAGACACUUGAACAUAGGACCGAUGUAUCUGUGACGAGCACAUCCCCUUGUUGGGAAGCUCCAGAGGAGCAGGGAGUGCCCUGGGUGCCAGCUGGCCCCUGUGGAGCGUGCUGGGGUCCCUCCAGCUGCCCACGCUGUCCUGCUCUCUCCCCGGGUGUCAGCCCUGCUGUGGGGUGGCUUGUGCCAGUGGUGCCCCUCAUGGGAGGGGGUGCUUGGCACCACUUGGUCCCUCAAGCCUCCCUGGUGCAGCCCUACUCCCCGUCUUACCCCCCAGCCUGUCCUGGUCCCACUGGGGUUGGAAACCUUUGGAUCUGUGGCUCAGAGACACCCACUGAGCUGCAUCCCAGCGAGUGCAGCCUUCUGCUUGCUCGUCUGGAGCUAAAGGGGUGAUGGUUCAAUGUGCUGGCCCUUCUCAAACCCUCUUGUGUCCAACCUCAGCCUUCUGUUUCCCAAAACUAGAGAGUGUGUGCAACCUUCUUCAGCUGCAUUUAUAGUAGAGACAAAAUGACUCAUCACAGACCAUGUAUCACUUGGGAGGAAAAUCUUGUUAAUACGGCCCGCUGUACAUGAUCCAUCUCUGUCGAUAGUACAUAAUCUUUGACCCAUGUGCUAGGAUCAUCAUCACGUAUAAAAGGAAAAGAGAAAAAUGUAAAAUACUUGAAUGAGAGCUUGUAUUAUAACAUUAAUAUUAUUCAGAGUAUCUGCUUUCUAGGCUGAUGUGAUUCAUUAUUCUAGUAAUGCUUUAGUCCUUUGUAAUUUGUGGUAAUUAUGCUUUUUCCUUUUUAAUACAAAAAAAAUGUAUAAAAAUAAAAAGUUCAAAAGACA